AUGGAUUCUUCUGAUCUCUCCGACAUCCCAGCUGUUCGUCUCGCUUCUGGCGUUGAAAUGCAACAAAGAUGGCCAUCAUCAUCUGUUCAUAGCAAUGAUCCACAACAAUCUCUGCAUCAGCAACAACAGCAACAGCAACAGCAAAAGCCUACUGCUGGUGAAGCUCCUCGUCUCAUUGAAUUGGCACCUACGAGAGGUAGUCAAGGCACUGUUGUCACAGUUGUCGUGCAAUCAUUGCCUCAUCAAAUCGUUCCUGUCAAAUUGGCUUUCAACAGUCUUGUUGUAGACACCAAGCAAAUGCAAGCACAAGGCAUCACUUCCCUCGUCGCUGCCGUUCCUCCUUUCCAGCAUACGCACUCCACUACUGCUAAUGUUCCCAUCUCCAUCUGCAUGCUUGACAAAGACUCUGUUACUGAAACUUGGCCUGUAGCUGAAUUUGUCUAUGAGUUCGAUACAAAGGACAACAGCACCACAGCCACUACCACACCUACCACAUCUGCUUCAUCAAUCAACACUGUCAAUGAUUACAAUAAUGAUGAGAUGUCCAAUGAUAUAUCCCCCUAUCCACAUCAACAGCAACCUAGAGAGGAGAACUUUCUGGGUGGUGCAUCUACUCCUUCCAACUAUGACAGCUUCUAUCAACAACCUGUCAGCAAUUACAGCCAAUACAGUAGCUACUACAAUGCUCCCAGAGAUGUGUACAAUGACUCCAAAUACAAUCAAUACAGAGCCACUAAUCAAGCUCGUCCUAGUCAACAACCCUUGAACCCAUUGAACUAUAACAACAGCACCAUGAAUCUCUUUGGCUCAAGCACAACUGGCUUUACUGGCAUGUUGACUGGAUUUGAUCAAAACGAGUCUGUUCUCCCUACCUCGUUACCUCAAACUUCUCUUGGUUACCCUCAACAAGUGGCUGCUGCUGCUGCUGUACCUCCUCAACGCCAAUCAGCUCCUACUACACCAACCGCUUAUGGCUAUGCUAAAUCCUCUGUCCAUGUUCCCACUACCUCGGUUGCCAAUUAUCAACCCUAUCCCGGCCUUGUCAGUCGUGCCAAUCUCAAGAUCAUGGGUGAUCUGGAUUCUAUGGCCAAGAACUGGGCUGCUGAUGAAUGGGAGCACCGCCGUAGAUUGGUUCAAUUUUGGCGUGAACAGAAUGGCAAUGAGAUCCGCUGUACAUUUGACCCUGUUGCUCAAGGCGAACGUAUUACCUCUAACAGUGGCCACAUUGUUGUCUCUUGUAUCUACUGGGCUGAACGCAACGAUUGUUUCAUCACCUCUGUUGACUGUAUUCAUCUCUUGGAGUCUCUUAUGGACAUUAGAUUCAGCGUUGAAGAAAAGAACCGUGUCCGUCGUAACUUGGAAGGCUUCCGUCCAUUGACUGUGAGCAAAUGCAAGGCUGAAUCUGCCGAUUUCUUCAAGUUGAUUAUGAGCUUCCCUAAUCCCAAGCCAAGAAACAUUGAAAAGGACGUCAAGGUGUUCCCUUGGAAGACGCUUCCCUAUGCCCUCAAGAAGAUUGUCACCAAAUACACUGCUUCAUCCUACAACAGCAGCAGUAGCAGCAGCAGCAGCAAUAGCAACGCUCAACAUCAGCGUCGUGCUCAGUUGAAGAGCGCGAAUGCCACACCUACAACUACUUCUGUAUCUACUGGCAAUACAAAUACCACUUCCUACAUGAAUGUGCAUCAGCAGGAGAACAACGUGGACAGCUUCUACUCCAAUCCUCAAUCCAAUGUCUAUCAACAACCACAACAAACAUCAUCACCCUUUGCAUAUCAACCAUCACAGCCAUCACAACAACAACAACAACAACAACAACAACAAGAACCUAUUUCAUCAAUGUAUCAAAGCUCCCCAUCAUCAGUUCCUGCAUUUACAACUUCAUCUUACACACAGUCUUCUCCCGUUCUUGAUUCCAAGAAUACACCUUCCCCACGCCUGCAAUAUCCAUACAAUGAUAUGCUGAAUUCAAACGGUUCAGCAACUGGUGAUUUAGCUGGCAUGUCUGCCAAGGCUACCUCUUCUUCGUCAUCGAAUCAAGGAUCUCCUUGUCUGGAUAGACGCACCAGCCUCGACAAUCAGCAAGACUAUCUUGUCAAUUUUAAGAAUGAAUAA